UGUCUAUGUUGUGAAUGUAGGGGGCAGUAUCCCCCUUAAAGUGGAUCUGCGGUUCUUCAGUCAACACGCAGUAGAAGAAGAGGAACAAGAUGGCGGAACGAGGCUACAGUUUCUCCCUCACCACAUUUAGCCCUUCGGGUAAACUGGUCCAGAUUGAAUAUGCCCUGGCAGCUGUAGCAGCCGGAGCCCCUUCCGUCGGCAUCAAAGCUUCCAAUGGAGUUGUCCUGGCAACAGAGAAGAAACAAAAGUCCAUUCUGUAUGAUGAACAGAGUGUCCAUAAAGUGGAGCCUAUCACCAAACACAUAGGCAUGGUCUACAGCGGCAUGGGGCCUGACUACAGGGUUUUAGUGCGACGAGCCAGGAAGUUGGCACAACAGUACUUCCUGGUCUACCAGGAGCCAAUCCCCACAGGUCAGCUGGUCCAGAGAGUGGCCUCCGUAAUGCAGGAGUACACACAGUCUGGUGGGGUGCGUCCGUUUGGUGUUUCACUGCUGAUAGCCGGAUGGGAUGAAGACCAACCCUACCUGUUCCAGUCAGACCCCUCUGGUGCAUACUUUGCAUGGAAAGCCACCGCCAUGGGAAAGAACUACGUUAAUGGAAAAACAUUCCUUGAAAAGAGGUAUAACAACGAUCUGGAGUUGGAAGAUGCCAUUCACACAGCCAUCUUGACUUUGAAGGAGAGUUUUGAAGGUCAGAUGACAGAGGAGAACAUUGAGGUGGGGAUCUGCAACGAGGCCGGCUUCAAAAGACUUACACCAGCGGAGGUGAAAGACUACCUGGCAGCGAUUGCGUGAACACACCCUUCCUGACGGCAGGGCUCUCUGGCCACAUUUUGAGACGUAACAGCAGAGUAGCCAACAGCAUCACGUCACAAUAUCGUAGACCAGUUAUUCAGACCGUUUGUCCGCGUUGUGCUUCCGUUCAGAAAACACAAGAAGCCUUCACUAAAAUGAUUAAAUAUGUCGACUCAAAUCGCCUGUUUGGGAUUAUGCCCGCAUCUAAUUUACUUAAAAUGACCCCCUUUCUUUUUGUGUAUGCACAGCCUUUGUGGAAGCCACUCACAACUGAACUGACCAAACUCCAUUAGUUGUGGUGAGAGGGCAAACUAAUUUAAUCAUAUAACCAAUAUGUUUUGUUGUCAAACACACCCCGGGUACUGUGACAUGUGUCAGUUGGCUGCUUUGCAUAUGAAAAGGAAUGUGGCCUUUGAUGAGUGUAAAUCUCAAGUCUUUCGUUGAAUCCUUCAUUUUUCAUAUUUCUCAAUACUGUUGCAAAGGCAUUGCUAUUGGCUAACAGAUCAAGGAAGUUGCUCUAACAAAGUAUUCAAAAUGGGAUUUCUUGUAACCGCAAUGACAAAUGUCUGUUGGUCAAACCAAAAUCAACUUGUUAAAUUGGUAAGUUAUUUUAGACAACAAAGAGAAUUGGUGUCUCAGAGUGAUUUAGUAAUCUUCAAUAUUGACAGUUUUCCAUUCUCUUGUCUGCACAUCAUUAGCAUCCCUCAAAUUUGGUUAUUAAGACCAAUAAAAGUUAAGGAUUGCAACGUAAAGCUUUGUGAUUUUUACAGUUAAGAUCUGUUUGGCUGUACAGCAGUUUUACACAAUGUGCUUUUUUUCAAGCUAGAAGCAAUUCUAGAGUUUGUAUUUUCUCUUCUGGUAUCUGUCGCUUAUUCAAAUAAAAGAUGAGGUGAUAUCGA